AUGGAGUCAAGUAGUAGGCUGGUUCAACAACUACUUGAUCCCCGCUCUCCACUGAAUAUCGAGGGAUUAUUGGAUGCGGUCACAGCUCUUGUUCAAGAUUGCAAUUAUCCAGUGCUACGAAAGAUCAAAACGAUCGAUCAAUUUGUGAAAAAAUAUGAUCCACACGUUCGGAAACUUUCUGAAAUGCGGCUCAAGGGCUCGGAUUUUGAGUUGAUAAAGGUGAUUGGGCGUGGCGCAUUUGGAGAAGUUCAACUUGUACGACAGACAAAAACUCGCCAAGUUUAUGCUAUGAAGCUUUUGAAUAAGGAUGACAUGAUCAAACGAUCAGAAUCCGCGUUUUUCUGGGAAGAACGAGAUAUCAUGGCCCACACACAAUCUGAUUGGAUUGUUCGGCUGCAUUAUGCUUUUCAAGAUGAGCGCUUUCUUUACAUGGUGAUGGAGUACAUGCCGGGUGGAGAUCUUGUCAAUUUGAUAACAACAUAUGAAGUCUCGGAGAAAUGGGCUCGAUUUUACACUGCGGAGUUGGUUGAGGCACUUGCAGCGCUUCACUCAAUGGGUUACAUUCAUCGUGAUGUUAAACCGGACAAUAUGUUGAUUUCUCGAACGGGACACAUCAAGCUUGCCGAUUUUGGAACGUGUGUGAGGAUGAAUGCCCAUGGGCGAGUUCAUUGUAGCACGGCUGUGGGAACACCCGACUACAUUGCUGCAGAAGUUUUGUCAAAUCAAGGACGAGAAGCCGAAUUUGGUGUUGAAGUUGAUUGGUGGUCUGUCGGCGUCUUCUUGUACGAAUUGUUCGUCGGUGAAACGCCUUUUUAUGCGGACUCAAUUGUGAACACUUACACCAACAUUAUGAACUUUGAGAAUUCGCUCUCAUUUCCUGAAGAUACGACAAUGAGUCCGGCUGCAAAGGAUUUGAUUCGCUCAUUUCUAUCAAAAGCUGAGACACGACUUGGUAGAAAAGGCGCGGAGGAAAUUCGAAGGCACAAUUUCUUCAAGAAUAACGAAUGGACUUUUGAAACUCUUCGUGACGCUGCUCCGCCAAUUGUGCCAGAAUUGCAUGGAGAUGAUGACACGACAAAUUUCACUGACGUGGAGCCAGAUCGUGAUGCAGCUAGGGAAUCUUUUCAGAUUCCAAGAGCAUUUACUGGAAAUCAACUGCCGUUUGUUGGAUUCACAUACACCAAUGAAUUGAGCCCUCUUCGUCAUUUUACAGAAGCAAUCAAAGAUAAAAAUGCAAAUCCCGUCGCCAUAACUGCGCCAAGGAUUGAAGAAACGAGGCCUCUGCGGAAUCCUGCACUGGAAGAAGAUUUAAAGCGCGCAAAGAAUGAACUUGAAAGGACCCGUCGAGAUUUACUUGAAAGAACGGCCCAACUGGAACAUGAACGGCUCGUGCUCGAUAAGGCAAAACAACGAACGGCGGAGACAGAAGCUCAUGCUAAGAGAUUGGUCGAAAGAAUAGAUGAGCUUGAACGGGAGUCUGAUGAAUUUCGCAAUCGGCAACGCUUACAUGGUGAAAGUGAAGAUCGAGUACGGCGUUUGGAGAACGAGUUGAAAGUUCAUCAAGCAACAAUGGGGGAUUUGGAAGACAAUUUGGCAAAAGCAAAAGAGGAAGAGGAUAGACUGCGGAAAAGGGAACGCCAACUUGCACAAGAGCUCGACAUCGAAAAGGAAUCAGCGGCAAGAAAAUCUCUUCGAUUGAAAGAACUGGAGGAUAAAAAUAACACAUUGUUGGCUAGGAUUAACGAGCAAGCUGGUAAAGAGGAGGAACUAACAAGACGCCUUGCAAAAGCUCUCGAUGAAUGCAAGGAAAAUGGACUUCAUGAUACAACUGUUGCUCGAGAAACUGAACUUCAUCUAAAGCUUGAAACCGCUAGAAAACAACUUGAUGACGCCAGACUUGAUGUUGAGCGAGAACGUCGUGGACAUGUCACUACUCAAAACGAACUUGAACAGAAAGCCAAAUCCUUGGCGGCUCUACGUUUGAAUGAGGAGUUUCUCAAAGAGGAGUUGUCACGAUUAAAAGAAGAAAAGGUCCAGUUGAAGAAGCGAGAAAAUCUCCUUUCUGAAGAGAACAAGGCGUAUGCGCAAACCAUUGAAAACUUGGAGUCUUUGAUGAGAACCGAUCAGGAUAUGAUUGAUUGCUACAAUCGAGAGAUCCAGACAUUGAGCUCCGAGCUUAGUGAUGCAAAGAAAGAAAUAUCAUCAGCUGAAACGAUACGGCACGAGAAUGAAAAUAUUCGUCAAAAAUUUGAUAGUGAACAGCUUGCUCGGCGAAUUGCCGAAGCAAAUUUAACAGAGCUCGACAAGGAGAAGACGAUGUUGAAGGAAGAGAUUCGUCAAUUGGUACACCGGAAUGAAAAGGAUCUCAGUGAUAAAGAAAAAGCCAUCUCUAUGCUAACAGAAGAGCUCAAAGAGGCUAGAAUUUCGCUUGUGGAAUUGAAUGAAACUCGGGAACGCAACGGCCAAUUGAAUAGCAGAGAGCAAGAGAGGAUUACAAUCUUGGAAAAGCAUAUCAAAGAGCUAGAAAGAAAAGCAUUAAUGGCCGAGUCGCUUAAAACAUCAGCGAUUCGGAAAUUGGAACAAAUAAUGAGCGAGCGAAAGCCAGAGAAAAGCUCAAAGAGCAACGAUUCCUCGCGGCAAUUGCGUCAGAAAGAACGAGAUUUGAUGAAUGCUCACCAAGAAAUUCACGAGCUGAAGAACAAAUUGAAGGAGUCUCACAAUGAAAAGCAGCGUCUACACGCCACUUUCUCUGAAAAUAUCCAAGAUCAAGAGAAAAUGGCUGAACAAUUGAGGGACAGGAUAAAAGAAUUGGAAGAGGAACGAGAGCGAGGCUUGAGGCUAUAUGAACUGAAUGGUGAUGUGAGAUCAGUCGACUCACGAGAGGGAAUACCAAGCUCGAUCUCCAGUGGAAUAAUCUAUGAAGGCUCGGUUGAACUUUGGCCAAAAGUCAAGAAAGGAUCGAGAAUCAAGGCAAGCAAACAGCCAUGGCUGGGAAUGUAUGCUCAACUGACACAUUCGGCAUUUAUUCUCUUCAAUGAGACAAAGUCGGGAGCGCAUGAUGACAAACCUGCAAUUUAUAUCGAAGCAUCUCGCCUUUGUUAUGCUCGUUUGGUCACCGCUGCAGAUGUUCGAUUUGCCGAUCCCUCAGCGAUCCCCAAAAUCUUCCAUGUGAUGUAUGACGGUGCUACUGAUAGCAAUGGUUUUUCUGCCUCACGCCACUCGUCUAUGUCAGACCUAAAUGCUACAUUGAUUAGCCAAGCGGAAUCAGAAACCAAUCUGUCCAUUCGUUCAGCAUCUUCUGGGCACCGCCACGAUUUCCAGGAACUCUCAUUCCACAUGAGUGCCUAUUGUGAUUUUUGCAACAAGAAGCUCUCCGAUUUGAUCAGGCCCCCUCCAGCCCUCGAGUGCAAAAAUUGCCACUACAAGAUUCACAAAGAGCAUCAAAUGGCCGAGAUUCCUGUGUGCAAAUCCAAGAACGGUGUGAUGAGUGAAAUGCUGUUGAUGGCCGUCGAUCAGCGGGAAUCGAACACUUGGGUCAGACAUCUGAUGAGGACAAUUGAAGCGGCGGGUGGGCAGCGUCGAGCGGGAGUUUCUCGAAAUCGAAGCACUCUACCGAGCACUCACUCAAGACAAAGCAGCAAUCAA